CGGGGGGAGCGAGCGAGGACCUCUCUUCCCCGCGCCGAGGAUCGGUGGGGGCCGCCGCCAGGCAAGUUCGCCCCGGGAGCGGGAGCCGCGGGCCGAGAUGCUCCUCCGGGAUCUGGUGCUGCGCCGAGGUUGCUGCUGGCCGUCACUGCUGCUGCACUGCGCGCUCCACCCGCUCUGGGGCUUCGUGCAGGUGACGCACGGUGAGCCCCAGAAGUCCUGCUCCAAGGUGACCGACAGCUGUCAACACGUCUGCCAGUGCCGGCCCCCGCCCCCGCUGCCGCCGCCGCCCCCGCCCCCGCCGCCUCCCAGACUCCUCUCCGCCCCAGCUCCCAACGCUACCUCGUGUCCCGCAGAGGAGAGCUGGUGGUCGGGGCUGGUGAUCGUCAUCGCGGUAUGCUGUGCCUCCCUAGUGUUUCUCACUGUGCUUGUCAUCAUUUGCUACAAAGCCAUCAAGAGGAAACCCCUGAGAAAAGAGGAGAACGGCACUGGCGUUGCUGAGUACCCUAUGACUUCCUCGCAGAGCAGCAAAGGGGUGGACGCGAACAGCGCUGUUGUGUGAGUCCGUAGGCCCUGGACUGCUGGCCAGAGGGACGCCUUGGUGGCACUGGUGGAUGCGGAAAAGCAGGUGGACACGAGCUGACACUGGGCUUGUCCAGGACUUCAUCACCUUGCAGGCUUCGAGCCUCCCAAAGGAGAAAGCCUCCUUUGCCCAGCCUCGCCCCUUGAUCAGCCCACAGCACGGAUGCCGCGGACACCAGGCUGAGCCAGGCUCACCAGCAGGCAGCCCCCAGGGUAACACCGCCAUCCGAGGCCCCAUGUCUCUUCCUCAUCUUGUGUCUGAUCCGCGGACUGUCCCCCAGCUUGUGCCCAAAGCACACACCCCAAGAAGGCCGGGAGCCUGUCUGCUGGGGCGAAGAGGCGCCCCCGCCCCUGUUGCCUAAAGGAAACCUCCCCUCCCCACCAGGAAGCCCCCCUGCAUCUUCCCUGACCACGCCGUUCCCGACAGAAGCCAUGGGCGCAGCCACGAGACGUCCCCGUUCAAAGGUGCUCCCACCCAUCUUCCCACCGCCCCGUCGCCGUCUCAGUCUUCAGGGCCUGCCUUCUCCCUCCCAUCUCCAUCACAGGGCCCUGGCUCCUGACUCCCCGCCACGGGGGGCUGUGCAUCCCACCUGCAGAGUCCGGACUGAGCCGAGAAGCCUGUCACACCCCCGGGUGGGGUCUGACCAUCCAGGGCAAAACAACACCCUGAACCCCAGGCCCAGAGCCCCAGAAGGAUGGGGGCCACUACCCCUGUCCUCACACUCACUCCCACACCUGACCCUCAGAGGAACCGACGCUUCCCUGUGAGCCAGGCCCUGCCUUCCCCUGGCGGAGGCCACCCCCGUGCCAAACCCACCACUGGCGCUCCUGCCUGGGCCCCCCAGCCUGGUGCUGGGCCCCCGACGCUCCCUGAGGCCUGGUGCUCAGACCCUCCCCUGAGAGCCCCCAGGCCUGCGUCAUCCUGAGGGAGCCAGUGUGCUUGAAAGUCCCUUGUUCUGAAAGUGCUGAGCCCUCUGGAGUGGUUGCUGGAUGAAGGGAAGGAAAGGAGAUGGGAGGAGAGGGACGCUCCAGGCCUGGUGACCCCCGUCUACUGGCCGAGUGACCCCCACCUGCCAGCCUGUUUCUCCAGCGGCCAGUCACCCUGUGGGCACAUUACUGGGGCCCCGGAGACAGCAGCUCUGUGCUUUUGCACUCCCGGAGGGUUGUGAGAACACUCCUGGCCCCUUGGUUCCCUCACCCUCCACGCACUUGCUGAGAGGAACCCGUCACAGCCAGAGGCUCUGCUCUCUGGCUAUGUAGGGUCCGAGCCGGGGACCCUGUCUGCCUCCCAGACCACAGGUGUUGGUUGUUCUCUGGAGGGUGUUUGGGCCACAGGUGAGACUUUCACAUCCAGGGGAGAUGAACUGAAAACCAGUCCCCGUUUGGGCCGAACCUUGAAACAUCCAUCGUCCGGGAGCCCUGGUGCCCAGGGAGGUGUCUGUGUGCCGAGAGCAGGGGAGAGGGUGAAUGCGUGUGACCUUGGCCCAGGGCCUGUUGCCAGGUCAGUGGGUGCAGGCUGAGGACAGGCGCAGGGCAGAGCCUCCCAGAAGGGGUCUUCCCUUCUUUUCAGUGAUCCCCGUGUGAGGGCUGGGUUUGGCUCUGGACUGGCUUUUGCUCUCCCUGUGGGCCCCCUGUGCGCCUUAGCACAGGGCCUCUCCCUGCCCCCUCCCAGUGGGUGCUUGAUGGUAGGUACUCUGGUUUGUGCCCUCCACUCGCCAAGGAUGCAGAGCUGAGUGACAAGCAGGCCAGAGGCUGUGGGCCCUCAGCGGGACAGACCCCACCCCAGCAUACUUUCCUCACUGCCUGCAGCUCCUGUGGAGUCCCCGCCUGUUCCCUGAGAAGACACCCAGGCAGGAUCCCAGCCCGACGCACACACUUUCCUGGGUCCAGAAGUGAUGGGAGAGCGUCUUUGGCCAGGGGGAAGAAUCCUGGCUAAGCAGUCAGUCCGGGGGGGACAUCGAUGGAGGCUGGGCACACCCCAGCUUUUGCAAAAGCCCACUGAUCCCACCUUUCCCAACCUGAGCUUACACCUGAGUGGCUCAGAUUUUGCAGUUAACUUAAUCCUCCAGCCCCAGUCAGGCUCCCCAUCAGGAUCCCCAGAAAACCAUCAGUCCUUCACUCUGGAGCCAGUAUCUGCUUCCCUGGGGACACACAGCCCGGGCUCUCCGUGCAAAGCUAACAUUUGCACAUAAAUUCCCCCAAAUUGAGUUUGUCAAAUCUCCUCUCACCCAGUCUUUUCUUCUUUACUAAGAAAAGGCCCCAGUUUUAAAAGGAAAAUUCACUUGAGAACAAACCCAGAACCGGCCAUUUGGAAGACAGCCCUCACGGGUGCAGGGAGAGAGCCCCCGUGGAUUUUCAGCUUAAGCAACAGAAGAUCCCUAAAACCGCCCAGCCUGCUAUUUGAGCUUAAACUUAAAUUUCAGGAACGUAUCUUCAGCCCCUCAACACGGACCAAUCCUCAGGCUAGUCUGAACUUUCGAGAAUGAAAGGCACAUUCCUUUUCUGCAUUUUCUCAAAUAGGUAUUUUUCAACCGUCUCCUGUCAAGCCCAGCUUUAGAAUGGCAUAUAGGAUCUUCCAGAGGUUUCAGGUGUUGCUUAGAUGCUUCUAAAGCAAGUUUUGGAAGAAAGACUAAUAGCUGUAAAAAUAGACAUAUAUAUUAUAUACAGUUAUAUAUAUUUAAAGAGAUAUCUAUCUAUAUACAUAUAUAAUUACUAUACUCUCUGAAUCUGUACAAAGUAUGAUUUCAACAGCCCAGGUAGUGUGUGAUAUCUAAUGCAUGAAUGUAAAUACCCUGAGACCUGCCUUCCUCACGGUUGCUAAGAGUGCACUGGAAGAUGGCUCCUGUUCCCAGUUCCGACUCAAAGGACCAACACACACGUCGGUGCCCUCCUGUCCACCACCGAGCCUCUGAUGUCGACUCUGUGCUGAGAUGUUGUGCAGGAAGCAGGACAGGCAGCGUGGGGGGUGGGCUACAUGCUGCUUACGAGGAAGAAAGCACCAUGCCUUUUUAUUUUCAAUAAAAAUAUACUUAUGAA